AUGGGAAGCUUCAUCCUUUCCUGUCUUAUAUUGCUUAUAUUUGGCACUCUCUACCCUGCAUAUUAUUCUUACAAAGCCGUGAAAUCGAAGGACAUCAAAGAAUAUGUCAAAUGGAUGAUGUACUGGAUCAUAUUCGCGCUCUUCACGACAGCAGAGACAUUCACGGAUAUCUUUCUUUGCUGGUUUCCAUUCUACUAUGAACUCAAAAUAGCUUUUGUAGCUUGGCUGCUGUCUCCGUACACAAAAGGCUCCAGCCUCCUGUACAGGAAAUUUGUUCAUCCAACGCUGUCUUCAAAAGAAAAGGAGAUCGAUGACUGCCUUGUCCAGGCAAAAGACCGGAGCUACGAUGCCCUUGUGCACUUUGGGAAGCGGGGGCUGAACGUCGCAGCCACAGCAGCCGUCAUGGCAGCUUCAAAGGUCUCUCAGCUACUUCAUUUACACUUGUAUUUGGACCAGAAAAAAGGGCAGGGACAGGGCGCCCUGUCUGAGAGACUAAGGAGCUUUAGCAUGCAGGAUCUCUCGACGAUUCGUGGAGACAGCAGCAGCACUGUUCCUCCUUCGGUCACUGUACGAACAAGUAGCAAACAGAGCCAGCCAAAAACAUCCAGAAGUGCAUCAGAAGGCACUGGCAGCUCAGGCACCGCCUAGGAACCUUAGACCUCGCUUCAGGAAGAAAAGUACCUCGUCCUCUGCCACUGAAACAAUGUGAGUGCAAUGAGCCAAUAGCACCAAGAUCCACAGAAUGUCUCUCUUCUGCCUUAAAGAGCUACUCGUUAACAAUGUAGGAAACAGCAGUGGGAUGGAUGUGCUUUGAUGUACGGCAUUGUAGACACGGCCUUUCUCCCUCCUCUCUCUGUAUCCUUCUGUUACACGCUUCUCGCGUUUGUCCGUGACGUGGGUAGGACAGUCUGACAGACACCUGCAGGUUAAGAGUCCUUUUUUCAUUUGCAGAAUGUGCACCCACUCACGCUAAUCCUGUAAGGCUGUACAUUUACAAUUCUCAUUUGUGUCUGCAUAGCUCUAGCUCUGUGAAUGCACAGCGGAAACAAAAAUAAUCAGUUACUCAUGAUGAUACAUUGACAGUGUAUUUAUUUAUGGCUUUAUCAUUAAUGAAGUGGAUUUGCAGAACCCAUGGAUUUCUCUUUCCUCCCUUCCUCCUCAAGACUGUGAAUGAUGUAACAAAUGUCAAAGUACUUUGACUGUACAAAAUGUCCCAAGUUUCAUUAGCAAAAGCUGAGCUGCAACUCCAUUUCUCUUUCUGCAAGUAAAUCACAUGUUCUGAGAAAAUCAUUGUGCUGAAAACCAUCGAGACAGAACCACUUACAGAGGAUGAGGAAGAGACGGGCAAGAGAAAGUAAAUGGUGUCAACAAUGUAAUGAAGGAGGAGUCUUAAUUUCAAUCAGCCUGAGCCAGGAGAGUAUUGUGUGGAAAAUGAUGGCUGCUAGAAGAACUAGAUCGUAUCACUUGUGGCAAAUGUUCUACUGCCAGUUUUAACAUGCGAGCAAGCCAGGCUUGUACUAUCUGCAGCAACAGAAGUUAGAAUUGCUUUAGUGAUGCACUUCCAGGGGAAAACUCACCUUUCUCCCCUGCCUGGAACAGUGUCAGUCCCAGCACUCUGCUUUCCUGGUGAGGUGCUGCUGUUUUACUUGCACGAGCAGAGCAGGGCGCUGGGUCUGAGCGGCUUUUUGAAGCCUGGAGUUUCGCCUGUAGCAUGGAGUUUGGUUAGAAUCACAAGAACCAGAUGGAGUGGUGUAUUUGUAUCCCUAUAUAAAUGAGAAAUACAAAAGAAGAGGAAGAUGUGGUAGGGUUUGUGUUUUUGUGCUUCAUGUUGGUGUCUCUUGUAAGUGUUGAGCAUGUGAGAUUCACACAUAAGUUAAUUACGUGGCCCUUUGUGUUUGCUCUUGGACCUGUCACAUAGAUUAGAAAAACAUUUAGCAUUACGCAGAACAUGCCAUCACUAAUGGAUCAGUAACCGGGCUUGAUGAUGAACAGUACUGUUAAUCUAGUUCAGGUGCAGCAGUCCAGGAUGCCAACAGCCGGCUGGAGUGUAUCAGGCUCAGAGAUAAAUCUGAAGUGGCCUUUGAAACCUUUUCUCUGCCAGGUCUGCAUCGAUAUCCCAGCUGUCCCUGUCUGAUGGAUCCCUGUGGUUUCCCCCAGAGCUUCUGACAUAUGUGGGGAAGAGAGAAAUAAAUGAUGUGCAUGCACAAAUAUUUAUCUGACCUGGCUAGGAAGUGGAAAAAGCAAGCAGGUAUUUCCUGUGUCUGCCACGGUAUUUGGCCUCGUUACCUGAGAAUUUUAUUUCCUUUACCUGUGCUAAUUCAAUCAUAUUCUGCAAUAGGUAAGAAGAAAAAAAAUCUUCAGAAAGUAAAUAAAAAAAACAACAAACUUUUCUAAAUAGCAGUUAUAGAAGAGUCAGUCCUUGGAAGAUACUCAGCAAAAGCUUUGAGGAGCUAAGCUUAUGUGUUUUAUUUUUAAGCAGCUUUAGAGUAUAUUUGAUUUCUUUUGGCAAACAUUAAAAAGAAAUAGAAAAACUGCCUGCAAUGUUAGCAGAAAAUACAAUCCUGUUGCAAGCAAGCUAUGUUUCCCUGCUAUGCAAUGGGCUGCCAUAAGAUAAAAAAGCUGACAACUUUGCACUCAAUUAUGCCAAAAAAACCCCAACAACAUAGAGCUACAUAACAUCUGACAGAUUCUAUUCUCAGUCACGCUGUAUUAACAUUGAUUCUUACUAAAGUUAUUAAACGUGCGUCUAAUCUGCUGUUUUACUGUAAACUUGACUGUUUAGCAUUUCUUAAGUGCUGAGGUGAAAUUGUUGACAAGGGAGUUGCCUUAUAUCUCUCAAAACAUUCACUGUAUAAAUGAGAAAAAUAAACCUUUUCAUAUCUCUGGCAAAAAUGUAUUAAUUUAUCAACUGAGCUGUAUAUUUGUGUAUAGAUAGACAAGAAAUGUGAAUGCCUAACCACGUACACUUAGUUAGUGCUGUAGUGUUCUGUAUACAGAAGAGAACGGUCAUUUGCUUUUGAUUCCUCAUCUUCCACACACAGGUUGUUUACAGGUGUUGCCCCAAGUCUGUCAUUUCACUCUUCAGCUAUUUGCCUUCCUUUAGAAUAAACACCAG